GUCCCUCAACAUGACAGCAAACGCACCAAACCAAUGUGAGUCGCUGGCAUUUGACUAAAGCCGCCGCCCCCUUUCCCCCACUCUCCGCUGUUAUCCUUUCCAUGGACUGACUACGACAGCUGCUUAUAGCUCAUCUUCGUAAAGUUGGGACAAACCGAAGGCAUGCCGCUGGCUCGCAGCCUGUCUGUCACGUCCCUCUCAGGACUGGAGGAGUGGGAUGAGGAGUUUGAUUUGGAAGAUGCCGUCCUUUUUGAAAUUGCCUGGGAGGUCGCUAACAAAGUUGGAGGCAUCUACACUGUCAUCCAGACCAAAGCCCGUCUGACCUCAGAGGAAUGGGGGGAGAACUAUUUCCUGGUGGGUCCCUAUGUGGAAAGCAACGUGCGCACUCAGGUGGAGCUGAUCGAGCCCACCAACCCCGUGCUGAAGAGAACCAUUGACAAGAUGAACUCCAGUGGGUGUAAGGUCUACUUUGGGCGCUGGCUUAUUGAGGGCAGUCCCUACGUUGUUCUGAUUGAUGUCGGCUUCACUGCGUGGUCUCUGGACCGCUGGAAGAGCGAGCUUUGGGAUCUUUGUGACAUCGGCGUGCCUUGGUUCGACCGUGAGGCCAACGACGCUGUGCUGUUCGGCUUCCUGACGGCCUGGCUUCUGGGAGAGUACGCAGCUCAGAGUGAGGAGCCUCCACACAUCGUGGCUCAUUUCCAUGAGUGGUUGGCUGGCCUGGGCCUAGUGUUGUGUAGACAUAGACAGCUGCCUGUCGCAACCAUCUUCACCACUCACGCUACACUGCUGGGACGAUACCUGUGCGCUGGAAAUGUGGACUUCUAUAAUAAGCUUUCAGAGGUGUGUUUCAACGUGGAUAAGGAAGCGGGCGACAGACAGAUCUACCACCGCUAUUGUUUGGAGCGGGCGGCUACUCACUGCGCUCACGUUUUCACCACUGUGUCACAAAUUACAGCCAUCGAGGCAGAGUACCUGCUCAAGAGGAAACCAGACAUUGUCACUCCCAACGGGCUCAAUGUGAAGAAGUUCUCAGCCAUGCACGAGUUUCAAAACCUCCAUGCCCAGAGCAAGAAUCGGAUUCAGGAGUUCAUCAGGGGACACUUCUAUGGGCACCUUGACUUCAACCUGGACAAGUGUUUGUUCCUCUUCAUAGCUGGAAGGUAUGAGUUCUCCAACAAAGGAGCUGAUAUCUUCUUGGAGGCUUUAGCAAGACUCAACUAUCUGCUGAGAGUCAACCACAGUGAUGUGACCGUCAUCGCAUUCUUCAUCAUGCCAGCUCGGACAAACAACUUUAAUGUGGAAACCUUAAAGGGCCAGGCAGUCAGGAAGCAGCUCUGGGAUACUGCUCAGACUGUGAAGGAACGCUUUGGAAAGAAACUUUAUGAGUCACUUCUGGUUGGGCAGCUGCCAGAUGUGUCAAAGAUGCUGGACAAAGAGGAUUUCACCAUCAUGAAGCGCGCCAUCUUUGCGACUCAGAGACAGUGCCAGCCUCCAAUCUGCACUCAUAACAUGCUGGAGGACAGCAGUGACCCCAUCCUUAACUGUGUCCGCCGCAUUGGCCUUUUCAACAGCUCUGCUGACCGUGUCAAGAUAAUCUUCCAUCCAGAGUUCCUUUCGUCCACCUCUCCUUUACUUCCAAUGGAUUAUGAGGAGUUUGUAAGAGGCUGCCACCUUGGUGUCUUCCCCUCUUACUAUGAGCCUUGGGGCUACACACCUGCUGAGUGCACAGUCAUGGGAAUUCCAUCUAUCUCAACUAACCUGUCAGGCUUUGGCUGCUUCAUGGAGGAACACAUAGCAGACCCCUCAGCCUAUGGUAUUUACAUCCUGGACAGGCGGUAUCGGGGGAUCGAUGAGUCGUGUAACCAGCUCACGUCCUUCCUGUUCCAGUUCUGCAAGCAGAGCCGGCGCCAGAGGAUCAUCCAAAGGAACAGGACUGAGCGCCUGAGUGACCUCCUGGACUGGAGAUACCUCGGCAGGUAUUAUAUAGCUGCUCGUCACAUGGCCCUGGCUAAAGCCUUCCCUGACACUUACUUAUAUGAACCUCAUGAGCCUACCUCAACCUCAGGCUUCCGUUACCCCCGACCUGCCUCUGUGCCGCCAUCUCCAGCUCUGUCUCGCCACUCCUCCCCCCACCACAGCGAGGCUGAGGACAACGACGAAGACGAACGCUACGACGAGGAUCUGGAGGCAGAGAAGGACCGAGUGAACAUCCGCCAGCCCUACACCCCGCCAUUCAAAAACAAGUCUGUCCUCGGGGCCAACGGGAACAGCAACGGUGUUAUAAGCGAGAAAAACUGAGACACACACAGACACACACAUACAGUACAUACAGUACAUGCUAAACCUCACUAGUAAAACCUUAUCUUGUGGAAAUCGUUACAGUCAUCCAUACUCACAAACUUUAUAAAUGAGUGCAGAUGUGAAUGGGUGUGAUAAAUUUAAUAUUGGCUUGUUGUGAAAAAUUGCAUCACUGUCAGUGUCUUCCCAACCUGUGCGUUCCUCAGAAUUUUUAAAAGUUUGAUAUGUUUUGGUUUUCUUUCAGUAAUACCAGCAGUGCAACCAGUGGUUCGCUUUGUGGAGUAAAUGCAGCAGCUAGAAAGGGCUAAACGACAGCUCAUCAUGGAUAAAACAAAAUCAGGAUUGCUGGAUUUUGUAGAGUACUAACACUGGAUAACAUAGGUCUAAAGCGUUGAAAAAAAAUAACUCUGGAGGGGGUUUUUAUACUUGAUUCAAAGGGUCAGAGCAGGGAAAACAGCAUAACCCUCCUUUUUACCAGCAUGUCAUCUUUACAUUCAAAGCAGGUUCAGCUACUUCUAGCUAAAAAAUGCCCAUGAAAAGACGGUGUCAGUUGCUGUGAGUAGCCACAAAGUAUCACGUAUUCUUUUUACUGUAUGGCUUAAAAGUGUGAUAUUGACCUUAUUGUAGCAUUUUUUUCUGCCUUGUUUACUACAAAACUUCCCAGAAUGGAAAUAAAGUGUAAAACACAUACACACAACAACAACAACAACAACAACUUAUGGCAUGAAUAGUGUCAUGUGUGUGUUUUCAUUUUGUUUCUGUGCCUUAUUUUAAUCACAGCCUUUCAGUGACGAUCAUUGAUAAACAACCUCACACUUCUGUUAAUCCUGUAUGUCUGUGUGUGUGCUUUUGUGGAGAUGGAUAUUUCUAGGUUCGCCUGUUCCGGCAAGUAUUUAUUUGUGAAAGAAAAAGAGAUGAGACAGACAGAGGAAAAAAGGGACUGUGUUCUGUGAUGGCAACCAUGUUUUCAGGUGAAAGAUAUGAGAGAGCUAAAGUACGUCUUGACUGUUUGUUAUGGAAGAAGGGAAAAUGGUCUUACCAGGCAUAUACUCACACUCCCUGUAAUAGUUUUAUCAUUUGUUACAGUCCUGCACCAGAUGAACUUAUAAUAAAGUUUAAAUAUAUAAUA